CUUAGUGUGAAAAAAAAACGGUGAUCGAAAUGUGGCCCGCAGUCGAACCGUCACAAUUGAAUAAAAGUGAAACCGCCAAUUAAUUAUUGAUUGUUACGAGAGAAGAUUUAUUGCACGCGUGAUAAGACACCAUGAAGAAACAUUACAGUGUGGAAAUUGCCGGCAAGUACGGCGGUCGAUCGCCGUCCAAUAUACUGGACAAGAUCACCAAGCGGUACUCGGCGAUCGGAAGCCGGCUGAUGCGAAAGUCCCCCGGACGGAAGAGUGGAGUCGCGGAACCGAUCACCGGCAGCUACGACAUGAGCGGAGGUCGAUCGGACGACUUCCGGCCCGAGAUCGGCAUCCCGGUGCUGAUCUCCAAAACGAUGAAGUUCGACUUUGAUCAGGCUCCGUCGAGUCGACCUGGGACGCCGGCACGGCCCUCGCAAUCCCCGGUGCCGGUGUCGAUCACCACGACGCGAUCAUCCUCGGAUGACAGCUCGAACGACAUCUUUGUCGAUGCCAAAAGCUCACUGCCCAACUUGCCCGAUAUCCGGUUCACGUUCCUGCCCGAGAGCAACAACAACUACAGUACCUACAUGGACGAAAACGACAAGGAGAACCUGCAGCGGGUUCGGUCCAAAUCAGCCCACAACUUACACCAGCCCGAGCUCCGACUGCACCUGGACAGCGCUCCAUCGCUAACCCUCUGCACCGCCAUGAGUAACGGAGCCCUCAAAGCUACCUCAGUCACCGUUCCCAACAGCCCAGCGGUAGACAGCAUUUACGACUUCCCACGGGGCAGCACCAAGAUCGACGAGUCCCCGUACGAUCUCGAGCAAGCACAUAUCAUCCUGAACGAGAUCGACCUGUCCCUCGUGAGCGACGGUGACCACCAUCAUCUCUACCACAACCUGCCCAACGGAAGCCACGUUACCUCGUCGAACGGCGUACUGCACAACAACGCGUUCGACUACUCCGGAAGCAACCAAAGCAUCCACUCCGACAGCACCCAGGAGGAAGAGUUCGACCUCAAGUCCGCCAGCUUCCAAAGCCUGGACGCGAGGAACCUGUUCAUGUCGAUCGAGGAACUCGACGAAAUCACCCGCCAAAUCAACGAGUCGGACAUCUUCAAGGAAGCCGAAGAACCCAACGAGUACUGCGAGCAUCGCAACCAGCUCCAUCCAAGUGAGCGGCGACUGACGCUGCUCAAGAACAAAACCGCCCCAAAACACUUUAUCGACUUUGACAAGAAGAAGGCCAAACUGACGCGCAAGUGGAGCGGAUUCAAGCACUGGAUCGGCGAGGAGCAGGACAAGAUCAAGGAAGUGGUCCAGAAGCAUGCCGCGAUGCAGCGGGUUGGGGGGAAGCACGGUGGUGGUGGCGAGAGUGAAGUGGGCAGUGAGUCGGAUGCCGUCGCCGCAAGUGCGUCCAUGCUAGCGGAAAGUGAAACCGGGCAGGGUAGUGAGACCAAAGAUCGGACCAACGACUCCGAGGAGCGGGAUGAGUCGCGGAAGCGGAAGUCGUACAGCGCGGAGAUCCUGGAGGGCCAAAACGGCUUCGAGGAGAUCCGCCGGUUCGUGAAGCAGGGCGGCGACUUUGGCAAGGAUCUCAUCGCCAUCCUGCAGGAGCGCACCGAAAUCGAACAGAUCUACGCGAAAUCGCUGUCCAAAAUCGCCAACAAGCUAAACAAGGCCUGCCGCGAUCUGCCGGGGACGAUCGCCGAAUCGUGGCGGGCCGUUUCGACGGAAAUCGAAAGCCGCGGCGAGGUUCACCGCCAGUUUUCAAACUCGCUCGCCGACGAGCUGGUGAAACCGCUCAAGAGUGUGCUGGAGAACCAGCACAAGGCCCGGAAGGCGAUCGAGAACAACGUGGACAAGUCGGCGCGGAUAUUGGCCGAGUGGCGGGCGGCGGAGCUGAAGGCCAAGAAGGGAUCGCAUCAGGCGGCGCGGGACAACGAGAAGCUGCAGGAUGCGAUGCUGGAUGUGAAACUUCAACGGUCGCCAUCGCUCGGACUGCUGCACAAAACCAUCGACAAAGAGUCCAAAUCGUCGGAGAAGGACAGCUCAAAGCUAGACACCAAACGCAAAAAGGCGGAAGAAUCGGUCAAAAAGGCCGACGUCGAGUACUACACGCUGUGCAUCCGUGCCGAGCGGGCCCGCGUCGACUGGGAAAUGUCCGUCCUGCGCGGGUCCUCCAUGCUACAAUCGCUCGAAAAUCAACGCCUCAGCCACUUCAAGAACUACGUCUCCAGCUACUUCCGGCUGGCGUCCGAGAUGAACCCGGUGCUGGCGAAGAUCGCCGACCGACUCGGGCCGCAGGUGCAGAUGUGCAACGUGCAGAAGGAUCUGGACGUGCUGAAGAACAUCCGGCGGGCGACGGAAGGUCCGAGCGAGCAGCUGUUGCCGGACUUUUACUGCGAGCACACCACGCUGGCUAUGAACCGGGAGAGGCGGAAGCAGUCGCUGGUCAAGCUGUUGCAGCUCAUUCGGCAAGAUUUGGACCGGGAGCGGAGGUCGCGGAAUGGGCUGAAGGGUUUCACGCAGAACUUUGAGUCGAACGUCGAGGGGAAUCAGAACAUUGCGGAUAAGCUGUACCAUAUAAGAUCGAUGCUGACGUACCUGGAGGGCGCCCGCUACAAGCUUCAAUCGGCGCUGUUUGAGCUAGAUCACAAGCCCCGGUCGAGUCACCCGUUGGCGCAGCACAUUCAGAUUACGAGAGAUCGCACGGGACUGCAGACGAGUGUGUUGAAGGUGCCACUUUGGUUGAAGAACGAACAGGACGAAGACGAUGGGCAGGUGUCGGCGGUGAAUGGGAAUGGCAACUGUAAUGGGGGAAGCGGAGGAGGGGGAGGAAGUGGCAGCGGGUCGGAAAAUGGCGAGCCACAGUGCGUGGAUAUUAAGAACGACACGCUGAUUAAGCACAUGGCCAAGAAGUAUGGACGGAAUGAGGAGGAUCAUUAUAGCUUGCACAAGUCCAGCAAAGCGGGCACACCUCCGGACGAGAACAGUCCCGCCUGGGACCGUGGCGUAGCGGACGGUGUCUCGAACCAGCCGGAUUCAGACUUUGACGAGUUCUCCUCCCAGGACGAGGAAGAGGACAGAAGCAGCACCAGCACCGGCGGCGGCAUUGUUCACAACGGAAACGGCCAUCACUACCACCUGAACAGUCACCACAGUCACAACGGCAGCGACACGGUGGACAACGGGAUAGAGACGACCUCCCCGGCGAGCACCACGGCCAGCACGACGCCGGGUCCGAUUCUGGGCCGCUGUCGGGCCCUCUUCAACUACACACCAAAGCUUUACGACGAGCUGGAGCUGCAGCCGGGCGACCUUCUCGACAUUCACAUCAAGCAGGAGGACGGCUGGUGGCUGGGGGCGCUGCGCGGUCAAGUGGGCAUCUUUCCGGCCACGUACGUCGAGGAGAUUGAUUGAGCGGGAAGUGUACCGAGGCAAAUGUUGUACAUAAAGUGUGAACGAGAUUGUUUUUAGGUUCUAUUUUUUGUGAAUUUUUGCUAGUUUUUGUCCUAAUAACCAAGUCAGUUUAGUGAGAAAGUGUUUUUAUGAAAAUUAAAAUUUGCAGAUAAUUAAAAAAAUGUUGUUGAGUAAUUUAUUGAUAUUCUGUAGAAUGUUUUUAGAAGUCUUCCUUAAUUUUGUCAUGAUUAACUCAGAAAAAAAGCAAUAAUCCAAAUAUUAAGGCAGCUCGUUGCGUAGCGAUUCAACCAAGUAAAGAACGAACGAAAUCAUCACCUGUAAAUAGUUUCGGAUGCAAUUGAA